AUGGCUACUGCGGAAAAUGAUCCCAAGUCCAAGCCCAGCAGCCUGCGAUCUAUCAUAGCGGGCUCUUCCGCGGGAGCCGUUGAGAUUGCGAUAACUUAUCCAGCGGAGUUCGCGAAGACACGAUCGCAACUCAAUCGCAGGCUCCCCGACGCCAAAAAGCUCCCAUGGCCACCGUUUGGAAAACAAUGGUACGCCGGAUGCACGACUUUGAUCAUAGGGAAUUCUCUUAAGGCUGGCAUCCGCUUCGUUGCCUUCGACACCUUCAAAUCUCUACUUCAGGAUGAAAAUGGCAAUAUAUCCGGACCAAGGACCGUGAUUGCCGGCUUCGGGGCUGGAUUCACAGAGUCCCUAUUAGCAGUGACUCCAUUCGAAAGCAUCAAGACACAGUUAAUUGACGAUAGAAAAUCCCCAAAUCCUCGUAUGCGCGGAUUCCUGCACGGCAGUAAGAUCAUCUUUCAGGAAAGAGGUCUUCGGGGCUUUUUUCAAGGCUUCGUUCCGACAACAGCGAGACAGGCGGCCAAUUCGGCGACCAGAUUCUCAAGCUACACAAUGUUGAAGCAGUUGGCUCAGGGCUACGUCGCACCCGGCGAGAAGCUAGGAACUGGCAGUACAUUCGCUCUUGGUGGGAUAGCGGGCCUUAUUACAGUCUAUGUGACGCAGCCUCUUGACACUGUCAAAACCAGAAUGCAAUCGCUCGAAGCUAGUAAAAAUUACAAAAACAGCUUCGUUUGCGCCGCGCGGAUUUUCAAAGACGAAGGCUUGCUUACGUUCUGGUCAGGGGCUGUACCACGUCUAGCAAGAUUGAUCAUGAGUGGAGGAAUAGUGUUCACAAUGUAUGAGAAGACAAUGGAGGCUCUCGACUCUAUCGAUCCUGAGAGAAAAUACAUAUGACGCCGGAACACUAUAUGAAGUAGUAGAUGCUUUAGUUGUAUAUAUGUCGAAGCGGAGUCAACGGGUUCAAGGUUGGCAGACUGAAGUGAACUUUGUUUCACCGCACCGAUGGCCAAUACCUAACAGUUAGUUGAGGAUGAUCGUGCAGGCUAAUAUCAAUAUCGGCACUAAUGUGAAGGACAACUUUACUCCCCGACGGCAUUUAUCGAAUCUUCUGCAGAUAUGGCUGCUAUCUCCC